UUCCAUUGUGAGCGCUCAAGGCAUACACAUCGUUGUCCUCAUUAUAAGAAAAAUAAAAUAAAGCUUUUAUCAAUCAAUAAUCAUCCACCAUUAUUACCAAUAAAAAUUUGAAAAUUUCGAUUAUUCAUUUGUGGUUCAAGGUUAAAGAUAAAUAGGGAAAUCAUUGGUGUAAUCCAAAUUUAAGAUGAAAGUGAACGGUUGCUGUUGCUUUACCUUAAGAACCGGUGGUCUUAUAUGUGCAUGGAUUUGGUUAAUUGUGUCAAUACAUAACGUAUUUGAUGUUAAAUAUUGGGUUGAAUACUUUGAACCUAUAACAUAUAUGGUGGUAGCUAUACACUGCCUCAUCGGAAUUUAUUAUGACAAACACAAUUACUUACUGCCAUUUAUAAUUGUGCAGUGUAUUGAUGUCGGCUAUACGAUCCGAGUGGCAAUAGGAAAUCCGAUCGAUUGGCUUGGUCCUAGACUUAUGAUCCACACAUUUAAGUAUAUAAUCGCAAAAUUGGACCAAAAAUUGCAGCAAUCUAUUUUGAAUGAAGGAAUGGGCUUUAUUUACAUCUAUUUUUGGAUUAUUUUUGUUAUUGGAGCAGCCAUUGGAAUCUAUAGUGCGUUGGUUAUGUACUCUCUGUACAAAUCCAUGAAGACAGCCGCGCGUCAGUCAUUGCCGAAAUGAGAUGCCAAUGUACCCAAGUCCAUGUCCUUACAAAGUGUGUUUCAUUGCUGUGAUUUUAUGAAUUUUGGUUUCAAUACAGAAUACAGACAAAUGUAAUAAAAAUUCAAAAAUCGAAUAAAUCGUCAAAUCAAAGUAAAAUUGA